CAAUAUCCAGAACGUUUGGUCACUUAACUGGAAACUGAUACUUGAGCAGUGAGGAUGCUAAUAAAACUCUCAUGGCAAGAACACAUGGAGCUGCAACUGGGCUGCCACGGACACUUAACUUCCUUAGGCCUCUUUGAAAGUCCCAGCUGAAAUGAACAAGACGAAGAGGAAAAUAUAAAGGUGUUAUUUUUAAAAAGACAUUGUCCAGGUGCUUUGUGCAGGGUCAGGGAACUCUUACUCAGACACGGCUUGGAUUUAAACUCAGUUAACCAUUUUCAGCUAUGGAACAGCUUCCUAAAGAAAUCUCCCCCUGCCCCGACAUUUCAGAGACUAGGAAAUUCUUCAUAGUUAUUACCAGUUAUGUGCAGUUUCUCUCUGCCUCUGCAGCUCUGAGCUUUGUGAAUGCAGGGUGGGGGAAUACUCAGUACAGCCAGAUGCUGAGGCCUUAUCUACACUGGCAAGUUUCUGCACAAUAAAGCAGCUUUCUGUGGUGCAACUCUCGAGGUGUACAGACUGCCAAGCCACAUAGUGCACAGUUGCAGCGCUGUAAAUAAACCACUCUGAUGAGAAGCAUACAGCUUUCUGCACUGGAGCUACAGCACCGCGGUGCCAGUGUAGACUCCCUGGUCAGUUACAGUGCUGCAGUUGACCUCCAAGAGGUGUCCCACAAUGUCUGUUCUCACCUCUCUGGUCAUCGCUUUGAACUUUACUGCCCUUCCCUCAGGUGACCAACCGUGAGCCCCAACCCUUAAAUUCCUUGAGAAUUUUGAAAUUCCCCUUCCUAUUUGGUGAUGCAUGCAAUGGUGUCAGCGCAUCUUUCCAGGUGACCAUGCCUGCUUCGUGCACUAGAUGAUCCCCUGCUUGGAGCAGUGCUGAGCUACUGGACCUCAUGAGCAUUUGGGAAGAGGCAGCUGUCCAGUCCUAGCUGCACUGCAGCCAUAGGAAUUUAUGCUAUCUAUGGACAGAUUUUCGCAGUGCAUGAUAGAAAGUGGCCAUGACCAGGACACACUGCAAUGCAGGGUCAAAGUGAAGGAGUUGUGGAACACCUACCACAAGGCGUAGGAGGCAAACCACUGCUCCGGUGCUGUGCCCAUGAGCUGCCAGUUCUACAAAGAGCUGGACGUGAUACUCGGUGGCAGCCCCACCUCCACUGUGAAGGCCACUGAAUACUUCAGUGGCUCGCGUGCCAGUCAAGAUUGGACCAAGCCAGGAGGAGGAAAUCUUGGACGAGGAUGGGGAGGGGGACCCAGAGGCAGAGGAUGACUUGGAGGUCAGAGAUGCAUGCAGCCAAGAGCUCUUCUCUAUCCCAGAGGAGGCUAGCCAGUUGUAGCUGUUGGAGCUUGGCGAAGCAGAAACAGAUAUGACCUUGGGAGCCCAGCCUUCCUCUUUGUUACCGCUGGCUGAACAGCUAUGCAGAAUUAGGAAGCAGCCACGAAAAAUAAAGAGGACUUUCUGCGUGAUGUCAUGAUGCACUCCGUGGCCGAAAAACAAGGAUUGAAGGAACAGCAGGACAGUGAGAAAAGGGACCGAAUGCGAGGCGCCAGAACGAAGCCACGGAGCGACUCUUAAAUGUUAUGGAAUGCCAAGCAGACACGCUCCAGGCACUAACGCUGCAAACUGAGUAGCUCUGCGCCCACCCUCUCCUGCAGCCACUGUUGUAAAACUUUCCCAUGCGCCCCCCAGACACUGCCAACCUCCUGGCUCCUGUCUGUACCCGCUACAUUCCACUCCUCUCCAUCACAGUUCAGCAUUGUAGACUCCCACUAUCCACUGCACUGUUUAGCCCUGCUGAAGUACAGUAUCGGCUGCAUUGUACUUCAAAGGACAAGGCUGCAUAUGAUAUCUGGACAUACAGAAAUCUUUAACCAUCCCGGGACCCUCCCUUUCCCCAUCGCCCACAGUUCUGAGGGUUUUUUUUGUUUGUCUCUCUCCUCCAGUUGUUUUUGAAUAAAAUAAUUGUUUUGAUUUGAAAGCAAUCUUUAUUCCAUUAAUUGAAAGCCAACAAAGCCCUGCAAAGCAACAGGCAAUUUUCUUAAACCUUCGCAGUGCAUCGUCUGCACCAAUCACAAUCAAUUCCUAUCAUUACAAGCACUGCACUCCCAAGAAUAGCAACAAAUUAGUGACUCGCAGCUUCAGAUUGCUGCCUUAAGGCAUCUCUGAUCCUUGUGGCCCCACGCUGCGCCCCUCUAAUAGCCCUGGUGUCUGGCUGUUCAAAUUCAGCCUCAGCAGUCCAGCCCUGAGUGAAGCUUUCACCCUUCUCUUCACAAACAUGGAGCCUACAGCAUGCGGCUAUAAGCAUAGGAAUAUUGUCAUUGGCCAGGUCCAGCCUCCCAUGUAGGCAGCACCAGCAGGCCUUUAAUUGGCCAAACCCACACUCAGCAGUCAUUUUGCACUUGCUCAGCCUGUUGUUGAACCGCUUCUUGCUGCUGUCAAGGUGCCCUGUGUACGGCUUCAUAAGCCAAGUCAUUAAGGGGUAGGCAAGGUCUCCCAGGAUCACAAUGGGCAUUUCGACUUCCCCUAUGGUGAUCUUCUGGUCCGGGAAGAAAGUCCCUGCUUGCAGCUUCCUGAACAGGCCUGUGUUCCAAAAGAUGCAUGUCUUGCACCUUUCUGAACCAGCCUGUGUUAAUGUCUGUGAAACACCCAUGGUGAUCCACAAGCACCUGGAGAACCAUAGAGAAAUACCCCUUCCAAUUAAUGUACUUGGUGGCUAGGUGGUCUGGUGCCAGAAUUGGAAAAUACGUGCCAUCUAUUGCCCCUCCACAGUUACAGAAACAAUUUGUGCAAAGCCAUCCAGAAGGUCAUGCACGUUGCCCAGAGUCGCGGUCUUUCAGAGCAGGAUGUGAUUAAUGGCCCUGCACAUUUCUGUCAACACGAGUCCAAUGGUAGACAUUCCCACUCUGAACUGGUGAGCGACUGAUCGGUAGCAGUCUGGAGUUGCCAGCUCCCACAGUGAAAUCGCCAUGUGCUUCUCCAGCGACAGAGCAGCUCUCAUUCUUGUGUCCUUAUGCCGCAGGACUGGAGUGAGCUUAUCCCACAGUCUCACGAAUGUGGCUUUCCUCAUCUGAAAGUUCUGCAGCCACUGCUUGUCAUCCUAGAGGUGCAUGAUGAUGUGAUCCCACCACUCAGUGCUUGGUUGCCGAGCCCAAAAGCAGCAUUCCACUGUGGUCAGCACCUCUGUGAAUGCCACAAGCAAUCUCGUGUCGUAGCUACUACGCGUAGUGAGAUCAAUGUCAAACUCCUCUUGCCUUUGUAGUUUAAGGAAUAACUCCACUGCCACACAGGAUGCAUUAGUGAGAGCAAGCAGCAUAUUGGUCAACAGCGCAGGAUCCAUUUCUGCAGACUGACGAGGCAGAGCAUGCAGUACACAAAUCGUUGAAAGAUGGUCUCAAAUGCAGACGGAAGCACAGGAAUUGCUGGGAUAUGAAGCAAUGCAUCAUGGGGCAUUGGGACAGGACCCAGAAUGCCCCGCGACCCCCUCUGCCUUCCCAUAACUGUUAGCAACAGAAGAGGAAGAGAUACUCUGUGGGAUAGCUGCCCAGAGUGCACCGCUCUGAAUACUGCUGCAAGUGUGAACACGCUAUUGCGCAGGCAGCUGACAGUGUGAAUGCACAGCAUCGGUUUCCCUUCAGCGCUCUGUGUGGCGAUGUAACUGCCGGCACUGUAACUCUGCCAGGGUAGACAUACCCUGAGACAGUCCCCAGUGCUACCAGCACCCAGGAAUGUGGAUUGGUGUCUAUCACAAUCACUUUGCUACAAUACUGUGGUAAAAUAAAGGGUGGUAAAGGAAGAGGCAGAGAUUAAACUGCCCUUGAAUAGACUAAAAUUUGGACAUUUGAAAAGCUGAGCUGAAACUGUAAGCCCUCCUGGCCAUCGACCUAUUUGUGUUUGUAAAAGGCCCUCAGAAAUAAUUAACCAAGGAUUCACAAGCUAAACUGCAUCAAGGAUAAGACAGCCACAAGAUUUGUGGGGACGUGUCACCUUUCUCUUCUACUGCGAACUCCAAAUGUUCAAAAUUAUGAGUCAGGCUCACCAAAAAUCUUGAGAUUUACUUUAAAAUCAUGAGAUUAAAUAAUAGAAUUGGUGUUUUUUGCCUUCUGCUUUUUGAACUUUUAGGGUGCACUGAAGUCACAUUUUAAAGCUUUCUUCACAACCACGAGGGCUAGACACUUACUUACUUUUUCUUUAAAAAUGAAGGCUGAAAUCACAUAGCCACUUGACUCCAGGAGCUGGGGCUUUAAAGAAAACAGUAAUUAUCAUGAGACUCAUGACAAAAUCGUGGGAGUUGACAACACUGCAAAGGGAAAGCUUUGAAAUAGACUCAGCGGAAAUAUGCUGUGGUGCAUGGAACAAGAGGCAUUUUUACUGCCAUGUGCAGGAGCGGAGAUAUACAUUUCUCAUCUAGUUUUCAGCGCCCCAGGACAUCAAGGAUAAUGUAGCAACAUUGGGAAGAAGUGAACCCCUGCAGACAGAAUGAAGGCUAGAGAGAAGGAUACAAUAUGAGGAAGGCAAAUCCAUACAGUACUCAAAGAUAUAGAGGCAAUGUUCUCUGCAUUAAGCUACAGUGCAAGCUUUCUGGAGCAGGAUAUGGUGAUGAUUCUGACGACUUCAAUUUAGCAGAUGCACUUGAUGACCAUCCAACCAAGCGACCUACUCCCAAGUUGCCCAAAAAGCCAGCAGGUGGAACAGGAUAUGGGGAUGGUUUGGAUGAUUUCGAUUUGUCAGAUGCACUGGAUGACCAUCCCACCAAGCAACCUACUCCCAAACUACCCAGAAAGCCAUCGGGCGGAACAGAUAUUAGCUUAUGGGAUGUGAUCCACACCACCACAACCAAGAAGCCAAAAACCACCAAGGCUCCACCCAAAAAGAAUCCAGCAAAAGAUCCUGCGGACUUUGACUUAUCGGAUGCACUAGAUGAUCAGAAUGAUGGGAAAGGUGGUGGGAAACCAAACGUAAAACCUGGUGGAGGCUCGAAAGGUAAAGAUAACCCUUCAAGAGGUGGAAAACAGGCAUUUUCAGAUGAUGAUCUGGCCAGUGUUCUGGACGAUGGGGAGUACCAUCCUGAUAAGAAGAAAGGUGGCAGCGACUACGAUGCAGGCACCACUGCCGAGACUGGGACAAUAGCAGGAAUAGCCAGUGCUCUUGUCAUGGCAUUGAUCGGCGCCGUCUCCAGUUACAUUUCCUAUCAGCAAAAGAAGUUUUGCUUCAGCAUACAACAGGGUCUUAAUGCGGAGUACGUGAAAGGAGAAAACACGGAAGCUGUUGUAACUGAAGAACCUCAAGUUAAAUAUUCAGUCCUAGAAACACAGUCAGCAGAGCCGCCACCACCACAAGACAAUGCGAAGGUCUAAAGCAUGGCCUUGGGCUGGAAGAGAAUCAGCGGCAAACACACACACAAAACCAUCUCACAUGCUUGUAAUUCAGCUUUUUAUUUAAUUUGGAUCCAAGCUGUUCAAUGUGUAUUUAGACUAGAAGUGGCUUCUUGUUGAUAUAGGUGGUAGGGUUAGAAUGUCAGUGUCUUUUUAUUUUUUUUGUAAAGAGUUAUAUGUUUACAUGGAAUUUAAUAAUGUAGGAUUGAUGUCACGUGUACAAAACAACAAAAGGUGCUUCAGUAGCCUUCCAAGCAACGUUUAGGAUUUUCACGUUUGGGACAAGCAGCUGGGAUAAUGUCUUUUUCAAAGAAUGCCAGAGCGUACAGGUGUGAGGAUGAUAAAGUGCCUGUAAAAUAACGAUCCAAAGCAAACCAUGCAAGAACUUUUGUAAAUCACUUCCAGCCAAUUUCUGUCAUCAGCUAUGUGCAUGCAGUGUCAGCAGUGAAAAUUGUGUGUGCAGCUGAGGGUACAUUUUGCUCCUUAGAGUAGCUACACCUAAAAAUAAAGUGCCUAUGGGUAGAUCCUCAUUUAGGGGCCCUGUCUGGGGGGGUAACAAAGGCCUUUACUCAUUGGAGUCACAGAGUUGAGGUUGCACAUCAUCUCAUGCUACUAGGCUUCUACCCACCUUUAAGGACCUGAUUUUGAUACCAGAUAAUGAUACAGAUCAUUGCAAUAUGGGAUUUUGGCAGGUAACACUGCCAUACAUGGUUGUGUCUGAGAUUGGCAUUGAGCCUCGAGUGCCAGGGUUUGGCUAUGAUAACACUGACACUUCUGCAUUGUCAUUGAGAUUAACUGAAAACUGUGUGUGGAUUUAGGGACAGGUUCAGAUCUCAUUUACGCCAGAGUCACUUGAAUUCAGAGAGCUGAGUUAAAACUAAUCAAAUGUUUUUAAAAAGAUCAGAGCAUAAGGUAACCUCUGAGAAUGGUUAGAAGAAACUGCCACUGAUGGGGUAAUUGUGCAGCAUUAUCCUCUAUGGCGUCAAGUAUCAGAGGGGUAGCCGUGUUAGUCUGGAUCUGUUAGUCUAUAAGGUGCUACAGGAUUCUUUGCAUCCUCUAUGGGGUUUCUUACACCUUCCUCUGAAGCAUUUGAUGCUGGCUACUGACAGGAUACUAUACUCACGUUGAAGCAGCGCUCUGAUCUGUGUUCCUGUUUAACUGAAGUGUAACAGAUUAAUUCUGGCCUCUGGUAGCUUGACUAUCACUUGUUACAACUUUUUUUUUUCCUUUAUGCCCCUUUUAUUGCUGCUACAAUGUGGACAC